UUCCUUCUUGUUCCGGCGCCGAUUAAUUCAUGGACACGAUCGUCGGGGGAGGUCGUGUUCGACGUCAGCGGCAACCCUCAUCUUCCAUGGCUGGCAUAGCGAUCUGGGUAAGUCCUAGCUUUACUACCGCAAGUCGUCAAGAAUCGACGUUUGUAAGCCCCUCUCUACCGCCGCCGCCUGAUCCUGAUCUCGCUUCUCUGGCUCGACCACCGCUAGGUGGAUGAGCUCAUUGUUAGAGGCGACUUUCUUGAGUGUGACGAGGGAGGAGGAGUUGUUGGAGGACAUGCAGGCGGAGAGAGUCCGGCGGAGGGAUAAUGGCGGAGGAGGGGCGGGGAUGAGCAGCCGGUGGGGAGGAGAAGUUUAUUUCAGCACCAGCUCUUCGGUGAGGGAGGCGGAUAAGCCGCCAAAGCUUCUGCUUAGUUAAUCAAAACCUGCAUGAUUAAGGAGAGAUUAGUAUGUG